AUGUUGCCAGAGUCACCUCAGAAGUCCACAGAAUGCAGUCCAUCCAUCACUGCUGAUCCAGAUCCGAGAAACGAUGUGAAACCGAAACUUGUGAAAUGUCACAGUUUUCUUGAAUCUGAAUCUUACCUUGAGCCACCAGCCAACAAGCGAGUUCCGGCACUGAAUGUCGACCACUCAAAUAAAAAUCGACAGAGCUCGAAGGAACGUCAAGCCGAACGCCCAACCUACGUUAAGACUAACUUUCCUUCUCUUUGUACAGAGCUGAGCAAUGACGAAAAACGAAGAGAGUCUGUCUCGUCAGGGUCACGUUCUCCUCGCUCGCCAAUCACUAAGCAGCAAAUAACUUUCAAAAAGUCUCCUUCAUUCACCUCUCAGCAUAAUGAUGGCAGUUUGAGUUUCGAGGAAGAUGAAGGAGUGCCCCUGGAGGGCAGCACCUCCGCAUCAGAUUUCAAGAACAAAUUUCCAAGUAAAGACGAAUGUUAUACUGACAAAGACCGUGCGGCUAGCGUCGUGUUUGGAACCAAGGACAUUAAAGUUAGCUUGCAAGACAAGCGAGAACGUGAAAUUCGGAAAAUGAAACCCGGAGAAAAAAAAUCAGUAAUUUAUUACAGUCAAGGAGAGCACGAGAUUCGACAGGGAAGAAUAAAAACCGCCAUUCAGUUUUUUAGCAAGGCCUUAUACCUUAACCCUGCCAACAAAGAUUGUUUAAUAGCACGCUCCAAGUGUUUCUUACAACUAAGUGAUAAAGUAAGUCAAAGUUAUUUCUUACCUUAG